AUGUCUUCACGAAAUAGAAAAAUAUAUGUUUAUCGAGGACGACCUCGACGAAACAAUAAUUUCAAUACUUUCUGUACAGUUUUGGGAUUUAUAUUUUUAAUAUGUGCUUUAGAUACAUAUAGCAAAAAAUCUGAAAAUCAGUUAGAAUUGGUUAAUGAUGAAGAACUAUUAACGUUAAUUAAAACCGAAAAAUAUGUUGUUGUUUUAUUUACGAAGAAAGAUUGUGAAGUUUGUGAUAAUUAUGAAACGGAGCUGAUACAUAUUCGUGAAGAUUUAGUCGACUCUCUUAACGCAUGGGUUGUUAAAGCUGUGAACAGUCCAAUGGUACGAUUGUACAGUCCUACAAAAGAACCAGCUUUGGUAUUUUUCCGGCACGGCAAUCCAUUACUUUAUGAUGGGCCUUUAAAUGAUGAAUUAAUGUUACAUACGUUAACUGAUAACAAAGAACCGGUUGUAAAGGAAUUAUCAGAUGAUACGUUUGAGCAUUUAACACAAGCUGCGACAGGAGCUACCACUGGUGAUUGGCUUGUGAUGUUCUAUAGUAAUGAAUGUGUAGAUUGCCAAAGAUUACAAGCCCGUUGGGAAGCUGUAGGUUCUAAAUUGAAAACUAGAAUGAAUACGGCAAGAGUUAAUAAGGGGGCAAAUGGUGCUGCGACUAGUCGAAGAUUUGAAGUACAAGAAGUUCCUAGUUUUAUUCUAUUUCGUCAAGGGAAAUAUUACCGCUAUACAUUAUCCAAACAUGAUGUUGCAUCUUUAGUAUCUUUCGCAGAACAUGGAUAUAAAAAUGCACGAGGAGUUCCUGUUCCUGUACCACUAUCUCCAUUUGACGAUUUAACAAUAGCGAUAGCUGAUUACCUAAGGGAAAAUCAAUGGUUGUUCACAGUGGGUUUAGGAACAUUUGGAAUUGGUGUAUUAUUAGCACUUUGGCAUAAAAUACGGUCAUCAAAACAAAAAUCACCAGAAAAAAAGAAGAAAUAGUUCCACACAAAAAUUCAAAAAAAAAUGCAUUUUUAAUUUUAAAAAGUUGUAUUUUUUUAAGUAUCUUUUUUAUAAGGCAUUUUGAUAUAUUUUAUUAACAAAUAAAUUUUAUAAAAAAACGUUAAAAUGUUUAUGAAAAAGAUUUAUAAUGAUCUCUGACGUUUCUUACAAUGGCAGCAUUUUUAUUUCAAUUUUAUUCGAGUCGUUUUGGUGCUUGAGAUUGAAAUUUGUUUGGAAAGUUUAGUAGAAAUUUAAAAAAUUUAUAAUUCUAAGAAGAUAUCAUUCGAAUAUUUCUUUCACUGGCGGAUGCAGUGUACAUGAAGUUAGAAAGAAAGAAUAGAUGGCCAUCUCUGGGGUUCUUAUAUCCAGUCUCAUUUUCCGGGAGGCAUCAAUACGUUGAUUCAUUAAUUAUAAACUUUACCUUCCGAAACAGAGGCGCCCUCUUCUAACGAGUUUUGCUGAAAACAAAUAACUAAAAAAUUGUCUUCAAAAUUGAUUCCAUAACGGAUGCGUCUAGAUUUACAUCUAGAUCCAAACCAUCUGUUCCUUCUAGACUUGUACAGAAACGUAACAUAAAUUAAGAUUUCAUGGUCCUCCAUAUAUUCCCUUUAUUUUUGAAAUAUCAGAUGACUUUUUUACGUCAAAUCUGGUUUAUCAACAUUGAAAACUUCUCUAAACUUUCCAGGUAAGAAACUUCUCGAUUAUUGAACGAUUUAUUAAACAAAAUCGAUCAUUACAAUUUCAUAAACUAAAUAACCAGAAAUUAUUCUUAACUAAA